AUGAGCAGAAAGCAGGAUCUUUCUGGAAGCGCAUUGCAAAUUACUUUGCAGCUAGUCCAAAGGUGUAAAGAGGUGAAGAACGAGCCUAUUCAGUGUAAGCAAAGGUGGCAGAAGAUGAACGAUCUUGUUUGCAAGUUCUGUGGAGCUUAUGCGGCUGCAACAAGACAGAAAACAAGUGGUCAGAGAGCUAAAAACGACCAGAAAUGGUGUGCGCUUGCGAGUACUAAAAUUGAUGGACCACAAUCAUCAAGCGGUAAGAGGAGGAGGUAUGAGGAUGGAGCGCAAUCAGCAAGCUCUGAAGCAACCACGAAUCGAGCUGAUCACCCUACCGCACGUUCUCUAGGUGUUAAGGCAUCGAAAGUAGCAUGUGGUAAGGGAACAAUGGUAGAUCAGCAGGGUGUCGCUCAGUUUCAAAAUAUGGUGUCUAUCAAAGAGAAAGACAUGGCAAUGAAAGAGAGACUCUCGAAGAUGGGAAUUCUAGGCAAUCUCAUUUCAAAAAAAGAGCCACUCUUUGAAUAUGAAGAAGCGCUCAAGCAGAAGCUAAUCACAGAGAUGUUGGGUGAUUAG